CGUCAGAAAUGGUCAGCCAACACGCGAUGGCCACCACCGUCCGCAAAGUUAAGCAGGAGAAUCGUCUCAGACGGCAGAAUCAGAACCAAGAUGAAGAGGGGCCUUACAAGCCUGUGCCGCCGCCGAAGCCGGUGCCGAACAAUCAGAAGAAUCAGGACGGUCAGCAAGAGUACGAGCAGCGGGAACAGGCGGUAGCCGAGCGGUCGUCGCGGACGACUUCCGGCUCGGAAAGGAGCAGUGUCGCGGAGAACGGGCAGGUUCGAGGCGCCGGGCAGCCCUUCGCACCGGAAUACAGGAUGCCACCCUUGUACGGAGAGGAGCAGAGUUCGAGUCAGGCUCAACAGGCAGCCAGUUUGCAGACUCACAGCAGCAAGUUCCCGAUAGAACGCGAGUUGGUCCUGUCGUCAGGAGACAAGAACUCCAAGAUUCCCAUCCUUCACGAGUACAAACAGAGGACCGCCGGAAGAGUCGCCAUCGCGCCGGAUGCGCCGAUCAAGCAACAAGCCUGGGUUCAGGAGGGAACUCAGAUGCAGGAAAUAAGGCAGGACGGCCAAUCGAGGAAUUAUCAGUCACAGGACACCUACUCAUCGACGUCGAGCGGGGCGGUGCCGAGGACGACGACGGUCACGACGACGAAGAUCGACGAGGAGAAGACAAAGUCAUUGUCUAGGACUUAUCACACCAUUAAGGACAUGAUCUCGAGUCGUUUCGGGCCGAGUCGCAAGGACGUCGAGCCGGAACCGGAAGCGAGUCUUAAUAACGUUACCGAGGAGCUACGGAAGUCGAGCAGAAGCAUCGACGACGACGAGGCCAGGAAAAAGGAAGGGAUCUACGGGAAGCCCCGCGCGCAGGAGCCGUCGGUCAACGUGCAGCAAUACCCUAAAAAUGCUUACGGUCAGUACGGUCAUUCGUACGGUUAUCAAAGCGGCCAGCAAAACGUACCUCUGCCAGGCCAACUGCAGCCGACUACGACCAUUCAGCCGAAUUUACCAGGACAGAGCGCUCAGCUUCACGUGACCCACCACACACCACCGGGAGGAGUUCAAACGGUUCAUCAAACCCAGGUUCCCGCUUUCGGCCAAACCGCGACAGGUGCACAGCAGGUGCAAAACGUUACGAGGGAGUACGUGGUUCAGACACCAAGCGGAAUGACCGGCCAGCAAAUGCAUCAAGGAAUCCACCAAAAUCCCGCGCAAGGACAGGGGCAAGGCGCACAGGUGCAAAAAUCCCACGGUCUAUCCGUGCAGCAGCAUCAGGUGAGCAACACGAUGCCGCCGACCAGCCAGAGCUAUCAGAGCCCGCAGCAGUUGCUUCAUCAGAAUCAGAACCACCAUCAAAGUCCGCGGUUCGCGCAGCAGCACGCUCAGAACAUGCAUCAGCGUCAGCUGAUUCAACAGAUGCAUCAGCAACAAAUGGCCGGGCAGCAAGGCGCGCAAACACCGGGCCCACGAAACGUGCAGCAGUCGUAUUUCGCCAACAGCGUCUCUUAUCAACAAUACCAACAGGCCAGGCAGGCCAUGUCGAGGUCGCAGAUCGACUUACCGAGCACGUCCAGACAAGCCCAGGAGUUGCGUGUGUCGGGCCAAGAGGUUUACUACCACUACGCUCAAGGCAGACCGCGAUACGGUAUUCCCCAAGUGUAUAUGAAGACCGAGAGCAAUCAGGAAGCGGAGUUCCAGAGGCGGAACUCCGCCAAGGGUAUCGAGAAGGCGGCCUCGCAACCGCAGCUUUGUUACGAGGAUGAACGGAACGCAGAAACCUCCAAGAAUCCCGCGGAGAAUAUGAAGAAUCUCACUGUGGAUCCAUUGGACAAGGAGAGAUACGAGAUUACGGUGGAGGAUCGAAAUCAAGGCGAAUCCGGGAGAAACGGCUCGCAGAGGAACGAGGAGUAUCGGCCGGAAACUAGUUUCGGCAUUCGGAGGGAUGAGACGCGGGCUUCGAAGAGGGAGCACGAGCAGAGCUCGUCGGGUCAAGAGGGCGGAGGAUGUCAAGACUCGACGGAGGGGAACUCGGUGCAGAAGAGGAUUGAGGAGUUGCAGAAGCGAACGGAGCAGGAGGGCGGUCAUUUCAGCAAAUCCGCCAAGGAGGACGCGGACGGCCUGAGGGUCGGUUUGGCCACGAAGAUGAUCGGCGAGGCGUCGAAGCGACUGGAGGGUGGACAAUACGGCGGCAAGGAGGCAGCUGUGAAAGCGGAUAGCCGGAAAGACGAUUUGGAGCAGGGUAUCGGCCGGUUAAAAAUUCAGAAUCAAGGCUCGGGCUCGGAUUACGACAAGGCGGGUCAGAGUUCUUCGAAUGUCGACUCCGGGAGAGGCUCCGCGGUUUACUCGAGCGGAAGACGCCCGCCACCGGAUGACCAGACUUUGGCGCAAGUUCAAGACUCCGAAUGGGUUGAUAUAGUGGAGUCGGAAUUGCGGAGUAUUCUGGAGCCCAGAGAUGUUCCAGCGAUGGCGCAUUCCACCCUGUCCGAAAGUGUAUCCUCCGUGACACCGCCUCUGCCGCCGCUGUCACCCCAUGGCAGCCCGCGUACACCGAGAAAUCGAUACUCAACGAGUUUACCGUAUGGAUCGAAACCAAAUUACAGCGAUUAUAGCAAGGCUAUGGAAAAGAGAGGUUUCUCAAGCGGCGCUAAACAUCGUGGCGCUUCGACGUCCAAGAAGGAAGCCGCGAAGAAGUUUUCACAUCUUUUCGGAGUGGAAGCCGCCGAUUUAACAUCCACCACGACAGGGCUCGACUUGGAUUCUAUGUUAGAUAGGAGCGACUCUGAUCUCAGCACCACCGACGCAAGAACGAUCAGAAAACAGUUGGAAGGUUUAGAAAAUAUGUACAGUGAAGUGCUUAAAUUGCUGGGCGGAAGCGUAAAGAAGAGACGAAAGGCGAGAGGACUCACCAGUUAUGGUUCGGUCUCGUCGUUGCCGACGUCCUCCGUGUCUUCCAGGCCUGUCACGAGGCAUCACGAUAAACGCAGAUCCCACGUGAUUGAUGAUAGGAUGAAGAAAGCCAAAGACAUCAAGAGCAUCAACAAGCGUUUCCAGCGUCUGGAGUCGCACGUGGUGACAUUGGCGAGAUCGGUGGCCCAUUUAAGCUCGGAGAUGAGGACUCAGCAUCUGAUGAUACAGGAAAUGGAGAGCAUAAAGUGCGAGAUUGCGGCCCUCAGGACACAGACGAGCAUGGCGAUGGUGAGGUCGCAGUCGCAGCCUCUGAUCAAGGAUUCGGAACUGCCGGCCCUGUCCAAUCCUUCGAGGGUGAAGAAAUUGACCAAAUUCUUCGGCACGGAGCCACCGCUCAUCAGACUGUUCCUGAGGGAACUUGGGUAUGAGAAAUACGCGGCCGCUUUCGAGAAGGAGAAGGUCGGGAUGGUGGAGCUGCCUUACCUAAGCGAGGAGAGGCUACAGAAGAUGGGAGUUCCCCUGGGCCCGAGAUUGAGAAUCCUCCAGGAAGCGAGGAUCUCGGUAUGCAAGGAUCCGAUUUACGUCGUAUAAAUUCUCCGGACGGCAUGAACGCUCGGCGACGCGAGCAGAAGAGGAUGCAAGAGGAGGAGGAGAAAGAAAGGGAAAAAAGUGGGAAAGAGAGAGAGAGAGAGAGAUCGUGUCUAGAUGAAAGAGAGAAAUACACAAGGAACGAAGAUCUCGCGCGGAAUUCGUUUCCCUCUGUCGACUGAUGAGCGUGUUAAAGCGCUCUCCUCCUUGAGAGAAACCCUCGAGGCCGAAAACGCGUCACGGCCCGUUCGUUCGAGAGACGACCCCUUUUUUCUCGUUUGCACAAUCAAUAGCUACGUUCUGGAAGUUACGCUCGCUGGAAAACGCGCAAUUGUAAUAUUUCGCAACGUUCUUGGCUCGGUGGAUUCGCGUCCGGAUUGUCUUUGUGUUCGUCGUUGCGGAUUACACAUCGGAAGAGAGUUAUUGAUCCGCCGAUAGUCCAACGCGGACAGUUCACAAGAAUAUUAUUCGAUCAAUGUGGCAAGAAGUCAGUGGAGCCGUGAAGCUUUUUCGGACAAUUUUCCGAGAAUAUAAUGUGCGCACAUUAGUCGCUUCGGGGACAUGCGUUUUUUCGUAAUCUUUGAACUAUCGUUAUCUGCGUCUAGCGUAGCCAUCGUCGCUGAAGUGUAUCGCAACGUCGCAAAUUAGCAACAACGUUUCUCCGACGCAGCGUAACGCGAAACGAAUCGGCCACAAACGAUGAUUCGCAAGAAAUGCGCUGUGAGCUUGGAAAUCAAGCAAAAUCGCACGUCACGCGAAUUAUCUUCACUCGCGUCGAGGAAAUUUACGGUUUCGACGUACCGUCGAUGUACGUGAGAGUGACGACGAAGGGAUAUGAAUUCGGAUGACCUGCCUUCUUUGGGUAAGGAUCCGUGGAAAGGAGUCGUGAGAGUCCGAAGGGGCUAAUCAAAAUGUAAAUCCUACGAGUUCUAGUACGCCUACUUGUUCGACUAUUAUAUUUAUGCAAGGAGAGUCGGAGCGGAGAUACAAAGAUAACCCAGCGGAGAGCGGCUACGCGAGAACCUCGGGCGUUCCGCUCGCGCGUUCGCGCGUUCACCGUUAGUUAAGUAAUAAGAUUAGCAUGUAGAUUUAGAUUACGCGUACGGACUGAACGCUGAUAACGCGGCUCUACCCGUGGGCGAUGAUAAUUCGUGGCGCUGAUGAAAUCGGCGAUCAGAGGCUCGAGAGAAGAAUGCCGCGCGCAUUGGG